AUGUCUUUCCAUCAGCUACGAAGGUCAGCUCUGCCGGUUCUGACAGCUCUCAUUGGAUCUGGAGCUGUCAUCAUCGGUGUCUGGAGCUUCAUCUCCCCUGCUUCGGCUGCUAAUGCCUUUGGCGGGUACAUGGUCCGAAUUUUGCAGGCGCAAGCGCAGUCCUCGUCGACGUACGAAGACACCCAGGUGUCGAACAACAGUCCCAGUAGUUUCGCAUAUGUAUACCCUCACGGGGUCCGGAACUUUGCUCAACGAUGCCUGGGCGUGGUCAUCACCGUGGGUGCUCUCACGCCCGUAGUAGAUGCGUGGGUGAACUACCGGAUCGCUCCAGAAGGUGUGGAAGGGGAUUUGGACAGGAAUGCAGCUCGAGUGCAUACAUUGCGGACGGGUAUCUGGCUCUUAGGCGGCCUCUGGUGCUUGCUCGAGUGA